UCUGCCGUCCACUGAAGUCGUUUCCCUUGGACGCGCUGGACACACAAGUUUGGCGUUUUUUCAUAGUUUUAUUACUUAUAUAUUCUGUCUGGAAGAGAGGAUAUCAGCUUUGAAGGGCGUUUCAGGCUUUUGAAGAUGGACGUGCAGCAGGGAGGCGACUCGGCUGAUCCUUAUUCGUUCGACGCCCCGUCUCAUGUGAUGGACGAUUUUGACUUGGAUCCUGAAGAUAAUGCCGAUCAGUGGUUUGAUCUGAUGGCUGCCCCUAAAAACGGCAAAGUUUUGUGUGAGCAGCUCGCAACCCCCUCAAGGGUGCCAAAACCUUUUGAUGGUACACAAAAUGAUCUGCCAAAAGCUGUAGUUUGUCCUAUGGUCAAAGAAGAAACAUCAACCACAGGUGGCCCAGAUAAUACAGCCACAGAGCAGCCAUCUAAUAUUGUGACCUCAUGGGGUAACAGCAGGCCGACUGCAGCUCCCAGUCAGGGUCAAAGAAAGGGCGUUCCAGCACAGCCACGCAGGGUGUCAAAGCGUCCAGUGGCCAAAAAUGAGCGACCUCAAGCUCCUACAACACCACCUGUAAAGAAGAAGCGGAGGAGCUCCACAGGUCAGAGAUCAGUUCGUCGCAGUGCUGUUGCUGCAAGGAGCAGCAUCAGGCUAAAGAACAAACCACAUGUGGCCUCUGAUGCCACAUCUGCAUCUACCUCCUCUGCUAACCAGCAGAGAAGCACAGAGCAACAGGAGAUGGAGCGCAUUGAGGCUUUGCAGAAAGAGGUGGCUGAGCAGCGCAAGAGGAACGAGGCCAGCUACAAAGCAGCACUGGCUGGCAGUCUUCCUCCAAAGAAGCAGGUGCUAUCCACUACCAUUCCCAAAGAGUUUAACUUCCGCUCAGAUAAUAGGCUGAAAAACCAGACCGAUGCUACUGAGGCUUCUUAUAAAGAGAUUGACUUUACUUCUCAACUGCGCAAACACCCUGCCUCCCCUUUGAAGGCCCCUAAGGGCACCACAAUCCCAAAGCCCUUCAACCUCUCCACUGGCAGCAAAAGGAAGCUGGAGGAUACUGAUUCUUAUGUGCCCAUGGCCCAGCAGAUUGAACAAUUUGAGAAACGAACUCCCAGCCGCUAUCACCUACGCAGCCGCCAGUGUCAGGAGAAAGGUCCAUCACCAGUGAAGACUGAGAAGCCUAAGGUCACUCAUCCUCAGACCCCUCAGCUGAUGACCCGCCAGAGGAGCCGUCCUGUCAUGGUGAAGAGCACUGCAGAGACUGAGGCUGAAGAAGCGGAAAAAAUGCGACAGUUUAAAUUUAAAGCCCUAGAACUUAACCGUAAGAUCCUUGAAGGGGCCGUGGCUCCUAAGAAGCCGGCUCCUAAGGAAGCCACCCGCCCAGAGGGCUUCCAGCUGGAGGUGGAGAAACGUCUGCAGGAGCGGCAUGCCAACAAAAAGUCAGAGGAACAUGAGGACCACACCUUCCACUCCAGACCCUUGCCAACCCGUAUUCUGGAAGAGGUGGUGGGUGUUCCAGAGAAGAAAGUGUUGAAUCCUACAGUCCCUGAAUCUCCAGCAUUUGCACUCAAAAACCGUGUUCGUGUGGAACGCAAGACAGAAGAGGUGAAACCACCAGCUCCACUGAAGGCACUUCCUGUGCCCCACUACUUACCUUUUCACCCCAAACCUGCUGUGAAGAACCACGUAGAAGUAUGCCCUUUCUCGUUCGAGCAGCGUGAGCAGGAGCGCAAAGCACAGAAGAAGCGAUUGGAAGAGAUGAGACAUGAAGAGGUGCCCAAGUUCAAGGCUAGGCCACUGCCAGACUUCCAUGAGGUGAAUCUUCCAGAAAAGAAGGUGGUUGAGCCCACCAAACCUGCUCCUUUCAGGCUGAUGGUAGAUGAGCGUGGAGCUACAAAAAGUGAACGCUGGGAGCAGGUGGUAAAAGAGGAGUUGAAACAGCAAGCUGAUGCUGCAUGCUUCAAGGCGCGACCCAAUGCAGUCAUACACAAAGAGCCUUUUGUACCAAAGAAAGAAAAUCGUUCCAUCUUGGCCAAUACUACCCAUUCUGCAGUUCCUGAAGGCUUCCAGCUGUCAACAGAGCGGCGGGCUAAAGAGCGGCUGGAAUUUGAGAGAGCGCUGAAGGAGAAGGAAGCCUUGAGGACACAGAUGGAAGAGCAGCAGGCCAGAGAACGAGAGGAGCAAGAGAAGGAAGAAAUUUCCAGACUGCGACAAGAACAGGUGCACAAAGCCCAGCCUAUCCGGCGCUACAAACCAGUUGAGCUGAAGCACAGUGAGGCCACUCUGACAGUGCCCCAGUCACCAAAUUUCUCUGAUCGCUUCCGCAUGUAAAGACUCCUGGGGCUAAAUUGUAUAUAAUGUGUUUUUUGUUUGGCUUUUUAUAGCUUAUAAAUGUUGCAAGGCUGUAAAGUAAUGCUUUUUUAAUUGCAUGCAUAGUAAGGCCUAACUUUUUUUAUCUUCUGAGGCUAUAUAUUCUGCUAGCAAACUUGUAUUUGCAUACCUCUUUACAUCUGGUCUGUUUCAUUUUGUAAACUGUUGUAUCAUAUCUUUUCUGUCACUCCUAAUGUAAUGUAGCCUCAUUCAUUUUCCUGUCUCUUCUCUUUCUCUCUUACAUAAUAAAUGUC